AUGAAUUCUUGUCGAUUGUUCGGCACAGAAUACAGUCGUAAUUACAUUAAAAGGAAAUUAACACCGACAGAAAGUUGUAUUCCAACAGAUUACUUUGCUGAACGCAUAGAAGAAGGUGAAAUCGACCCUCUAGUGGCAUCGAUACCAACUAAACUCGACGAGGACGCGGAACAAUUAGUUUACAAACACUUUCUUGACUACCAGCGAUCUGUUUACCAAGUCAGCUACAAGAAUCAUUGGACUCCACGCGGUAAAGACGAAACAGAAAAGGACAAGUCGGAGGCGGAAACUAAAGGAAAAGACUUCGAAAGCGAAUUAAUGACGUACAUUCAAGAUUUGUAUCACGAUCCUCACGAAGAAAAAAUCCUCGCUCCUCCGGCAACGACAAAACGAACGAUUCUAGCUGCUGUUUGUUUUCACUUGCACUGGGUCAAAAGAAACGAAAGUUUAGAACGAUGGCACACUAGAGCGACGCUGAACAAUCUAAACAUCGUUGGCUUUAUAAGCGCAGUCGCUGGUAUCACUGGGCUAAUUUGGUACCUCUUUCUCACGUUCUACUACAAGAUACCUCUGGAGCCGGUUUCCCAAAGCACAGGCAUAUCGGCUGUUUGGUCUAUGAUUUGCGGCAAAUGGGGUAUUCUCUUAAUGUACUAUUCUCAUAAGUAUCAAUCGUUGAUCGGAGAAGGUUCUGCACCCAUACUAACGGAAAGCAGCGCUUAAUC